UUUGCUCUGCAUAGUCUUUUUGAAGGUCCGACUUCUGAGCCACCAUGCUGGCAGAAAGCUUCAUAACUGUCUUUGCCUAUAAAGGUGAGCUUUUUGACUCCCAUCAAAGCCAGUUGCUGAAACCUGUCGGACAAGAAACUUGGCAAAGCCAGUUGGCAAAUACGGAUGAAAACGAAGAGCUCUUUACGGAAUCUAAUCAGGACGCAACUGGUGGUGGGAACAUGGAUCCAAAAAGUCAUCAGCAGAUCCCUGGACAAGAUGCCCCAAGGAACAAAAUCCAGAAAAUACCCCUGUCUGUUCCUCAGCGCUUACCAGUUCAAGAGCAGUACUGUGGGAAAGAUCUGGAUUUGUACAGAUCUUGGUCAUGCCAAAGUCUUUAUCAGAAUUAUCCCGAUCUGCAUAUUGGAGGAGAUCAUAUCGCUGAUCAUACACAAUGUGAUUCCGGAUGCUUCAUGUACCAGACUUACAACGAAUUGUCUGGUCCCGUGUUACUGUCUACAGACCUCCCCUUAGAUGCUCCCUUCCCGUUACAGAAACCCAGGGUGCUAAAGGUGGGGCCCGGGGAUGACGUUGGGGAGAACAGCCUGGCUCCCCACAAGGAGCCCCUUUCUAACUCGUUGCUUAACAAACACAUGGAAAAGGAAAUGCAGGAACUGUAUAAACAGUUUUGGGAAGAGAAGUUGACUCACUGCAAUUCCAUCACCCACUGCCUGAUGUCGAACGGCCUGAUGAGUAACCUCGGUGAGGCCCACCACCCGCUGUCUCAUGGACACCAACAAACGCUCUUGCACUCCCUGGCUCGCCUGGGCUUGCACAACACUAGCAGUGGAAACAGCAGUGAAAUUAGCACGCCGAAUUUGCAAAUCUCAUGA